CAGCCGUCUGUCUGGGUGUCUACGCGGUUGCAGCGGUGCACUCCUCCCCAGCCCCGAGCCCCGCGCAGGGAGAGGCAGGCGUUAGCAGCGCCGGGCCCGCGCCCCACACCGCAGCCGACAGACGGCAGCGCCUGCGCCCGCGCACCCCACAGCGGGUGAGCCGGAGCCGGCGAGGCAAAGGCACGGCACAUCUCCUGCUCCCUCGCUGCUUUCUGAGCUGAAGGGAAGCCAACCCCCGGCAACCAGCCCUCCAAGAUGAAAACGCUCCAGGGAGCUCAACUCCGUAAGCCCAUCACCCCAGAUCUGCUGAUGACUCCCAGUGACCAGGGUGAUGUAGACCUGGACGUGGACUUUGCUGCAGACCGUGGGAACUGGACGGGCAAGCUGGACUUUCUACUGUCUUGCAUUGGCUACUGUGUGGGCCUGGGGAAUGUCUGGCGUUUCCCCUAUCGAGCCUACACCAACGGAGGAGGAGCCUUCCUUGUGCCCUACUUCCUCAUGCUGGCCAUCUGUGGUAUCCCCCUCUUCUUCCUCGAGCUCUCUCUGGGCCAGUUCUCCAGCCUGGGGCCCCUGGCCGUCUGGAAGAUCAGCCCCCUCUUCAAAGGUGCCGGCGCGGCCAUGCUGCUCAUCAUGGGCCUCGUGGCCAUCUAUUACAACAUGAUCAUUGCCUACGUCCUCUUCUACCUCUUCGCCUCCCUCACCAGCGACCUGCCCUGGGAGCACUGUGGCAACUGGUGGAACACGGACCUCUGCCUUGAGCACAGAGGUUCCAAGGACCGCAAUGGGGCUCUGCCCCUCAACCUCACCAGCACCGUCAGCCCCAGCGAGGAGUAUUGGAGCCGCUACGUUCUCCACAUCCAAGGCAGCCAGGGCAUUGGCAGUCCCGGGGAGAUCCGCUGGAAUCUCUGCCUCUGCCUGCUACUCGCCUGGGUCAUCGUGUUCCUCUGUAUCCUCAAAGGCGUGAAGUCCUCAGGCAAGGUGGUGUAUUUCACGGCCACAUUCCCCUACCUCAUUCUGCUCAUGCUGCUGGUCCGAGGAGUCACCCUCCCGGGGGCCUGGAAGGGCAUCCAGUUCUAUCUCACCCCCCAGUUCCACCACUUGUUGUCUUCCAAGGUGUGGAUCGAAGCUGCCCUUCAGAUCUUCUACUCUCUGGGCGUGGGCUUCGGGGGUCUCCUCACCUUUGCCUCCUACAACACGUUUCACCAAAACAUCUAUCGAGACACCUUCAUCGUCACUCUGGGCAAUGCCAUCACCAGCAUCCUGGCUGGCUUCGCCAUCUUCUCCGUGCUGGGCUACAUGUCUCAGGAACUGGGUGUACCUGUGGACCAAGUAGCCAAAGCAGGUCCCGGCCUGGCCUUUGUCGUCUACCCGCAGGCCAUGACCAUGCUGCCUCUGUCGCCCUUCUGGUCCUUCCUCUUCUUUUUCAUGCUGCUGACUCUGGGCUUGGACAGCCAGUUUGCCUUUCUGGAGACCAUUGUGACCGCUGUGACAGAUGAGUUCCCAUACUACCUGAGACCCAAGAAGGCUGUGUUCUCUGGGCUCAUCUGCCUGGCCAUGUACCUGAUGGGGCUUGUCCUCACCACUGAUGGGGGCAUGUACUGGCUGGUCCUUCUAGACGACUACAGCGCCAGCUUCGGGCUAAUGGUGGUGGUGAUUACCACGUGCCUCGCUGUCACCCGGGUAUAUGGCAUCCAGCGGUUCUGCCGGGACAUCCACAUGAUGCUGGGCUUCAAGCCGGGCCUCUACUUCAGGGCUUGCUGGCUGUUCCUGUCCCCGGCCACACUCCUGGCCCUGCUGGUAUAUAGCAUCGUCAAGUACCAGCCCUCGGAGUACGGCAGCUACCGCUUCCCAGCCUGGGCGGAGCUGCUGGGCAUCCUGAUGGGCCUGCUGUCCUGCCUCCUGAUCCCAGCCGGCAUGCUGGUGGCUGUGCUUCGAGAGGAGGGCUCGCUCUGGGAGAGGCUCCAGCAGGCCAGCCGGCCGGCCAUGGACUGGGGCCCGUCGCUGGAGGAGAAUCGGACGGGCAUGUACGUGGCCACACUGGCUGGGAGCCAGUCGCCUAAGCCACUGAUGGUGCAUAUGCGCAAGUACGGGGGCAUCACCAGCUUUGAGAACACCGCCAUCGAGGUGGACCGAGAGAUUGAGGAGGAAGAGGAGUCCAUGAUGUGAGGCAGGAGGCAGGCGGACAGGAGGCCCUGCCCCGGAGCAAAGGCAGCUGCGCCCUCUGUGGCUCUGGGAGGCCUGAGGCUGUGGGAGGUUGCCAUGGUGAUACCAGUCCCCAGUGCAAGCCCCUCUUUGUGGCCUCUGCCUCUCCUGAAACCUCAUUCUACCCCUUAAACACACACACACACACACACACACACACACACAUCCAUUCAAAGUUGAGAAUGAUCCGGCUCAGCCCUCACUUUGCUGGUGGAUAAACUGAGGGGUCUGGGAGGAGGAUUUGCCCAAGGUCUCAUGGCAGAAGGGACUGGACCUCAAGCCUCCUGACCAGACAGCUCCCUUUCUCAUAUGGCAGCUGGCACCACCCUCUCAUCCUUUUUCUUGGAGAGCCUGCCUCACACCCUUCAACACAGCCAGAAUCUUGAGUUAGGCAGGGACACUCAGGACAUCUCAAGCCCACAAGGCCCCAGGCAUUGAGGGUUAGCAAGUCAAGUGGGAGAAAGAUCCCUGUGGGUGCAUGUGUGCAGGCCAGGUUACCUGAAGGAGGUGGAGCGAAGGGCCCUGGAGGUUGGGCAAGUUUGGAGAGGGAGAUGAAGAGGAAGCAAGGGCCCGACACAGCCAAGGGGUGGAGAUCCAAUGUAGCCACUUCCUCCCCGGGGUUAGGAGGAGAGGGCAGAGACCAUGGGCAUAAGAGCGAGAGCGAGAGAGAGAGCGAGAGCGAGAGCGAGAGAGAGAGAG